GAUUCAUCCAGCUUGUCUGGUGUGGUAUAUGAUACGGCAAGGAUGAGGCGCCUUCUGGAAAUAACGCUUCCUGAACGUUGUAAGACACAUGCGGAUCCUUUACCUCGGUACUUCUUGGUGGAAGAAAUUCUGUGCAUUGAGGCGGAACUGAGGUUUCAGCUGAACAUCAGUGACCUGGAGAAAAAGGUGACCAGUGCCCUCAAAGUGUUCUCCGAAAGACAAGGACAUGAAUGUACACUUUUGGACCUCAUGAACUACUUACAGCCAAAGUCAACACAUGCUCUGAUAAAUGAGAUGCCGCUGCCUUCAGGAGAGCAUGCUGUUACCACUCCACAUAUAGUCACUAGCUCGGAGGGAAUCCGCAUUUUUGCUGGCGGUCCAAGUGAAGUGAUCAAUCUUCCUACUGGCGGUCUGGAGCGUGCCCUCAUCCUCUGCCUUUUAUUGUAUUAUAUUAAGAGCCUGGAAUACCCUCACACUUUUUCACAAAUGCUUUUGCUAACGCAGAAGCUUGUGCUACCACAUGAAGUUGUCCCCGCGGCAGCUACAUGCAAGCGUUUGAAGUGUUUUUUAACAUUGUUGAAGAAGAGGAUUAUUCCUUAAAGUAAGGCACUUUACAGGGACGGGUCCUCGUAUUGUCUUUGUAUGGUACAUGCAGCUUUUAUAUACGAACUUCCAAAAGUAUCAGUAGUCGAGUUUCGCGACAUUAUAUUGCAUUCCCAAUUUCCCAGUAAAGAGUAAAACAAAUCUCUCUGACUUUUUUCAAGCCAGAAAGCAAGCACAUUUUUAUAGUAUCUUGAAGUGCACAGUACUGUUAGCAUAAUUUUUAUGUUAGUUUCUUUUCAUUGUAGUGCAAACCAAUCGCUGUUGUUUCUUUGCUAGUUUUGUCCUUGGGACUAAGUUAGACCUACAUAAUUCUUGUCUGCGAUUUUCCGAAUAAAAAUAUUUCAA